AUGACGUUUGAAUCUAUUACAGUCACCGUUGAUCAACUAUUGUUUAGUGCAAAUAACCGGUACUUUUUGCGGGGGCUUACACUCGAUAUUGACGUAGGAAAUCUUCCAAAACAAAUUCCACUCAAUCGCAUUGUUUCUCUCACACUUCACGAAUCUUUUUGCAUCAAAGUUAUUGAAAACUGCUUAGAGCUUCGCUCAUUAAAGCUAAUUGGCGUAAUUAAAUGGGUUUCAUGCACUAUCAAUAGUAUUUCACGCGCAAACACGAAACUUAAUCAAAUUACUGUUGUUACUCCUACUAUUAGAUCUCUGACAGAAUUAUUUACAUCUAUUUUAUCUAUUACCUCAUUGCGUCGACUGGAAAUUCUUACCGAUGAAGUAGCAGAGAGUUUCAAAUUCUGCAUUUUACCUGCACCACUAAGUAAAAUCGAACAAUUUCUCUUAGACUCAGGUUCUACAAUUAACUGGAAUGACUUAUCACAAAUCCUACCUGAUCUCAGUAGUAUUCGCUUCUUGAGUGUCAAUUUGAUUGAUCGCAACCAAAAGCUUAUUCCUUCGUUCAUCUUUCAGAACCUUCGUACUCUUAGUCUCGGACUACUAGAAGUAUCGUUUAACUGGAUUAUUCAACUAGUGGCAACAACACCAUGUCUCAUUAAACUGAAACUAACUGGUCUUGUAGACGCCGACGGUUUUGUGGUUAAUCAAAGGUGGAUUCAUCUAUUUGAGUCGACACCGAGACUUCUGCGGAUAUUUGUUAAUGUAUCAUUAGAGCAAAGUAAAGAACUCUAUCACUGUGAAAAAAUUCAAGCACCACUAUGUGCUCUUAAUCUGAAUCUUGUAUGCAAUGGUGAUGAUAAUGAUUGCAACCUCUACUACGGAGAAGUAAACCGAUGGUGGAAUUUACGAGGAAUGGUCAUCAAGCAGUAA